AUGCAGUGAGAUCGAGCCCGACGGCAGACAGAGGAAAUCGGUGGUAGGAUUACAAUAUAACACCCUCCCACGGGGAGUGUACACAAUGGUCCCGACCCACACUUCUCCACCCAGUCACUCUAUUGCCGUACAACCUCAUUCGGUUUACUUAGGAUCUGGAGAUUCGGACCGAACACUCGACAAUGAGAAAUCACUGUGAUCUGACAAGCCGUGAUUAAAAUGUUGAUGGGACUAAGCCAUAUUGUCUGGCGAGUCGUACGACUGACGACAAUGAAGGGGCCCAUGGUAGUCCGUAUGGCCAAGUUUAUGAUUUUCCUGGGCACGUCCAUGCUUCUGUUCGUGUUUUAUCAGGUACAUAGAUAUUCUGGACAACUGAAUUUCACAGGAAUCGACAAAGCUCCACGUGCCGGAAGUAGCAGUCAUGGUAACGACUUCCCAAAGUUUAUCGUGGACACACCCCACUGUAAACUCCCUAAUCUGGACGCGUUUGAUUCCUCUGUUGUUAAAUAUCUCCGUCAGGGAGCACUGAUAGAAUGCAACAAAUAUUUGCCAUUAACUUAUGAAAACGGAACUCGAUUAGAAGUUAAUUGGACGGCCGUUAUUAAUUCAAAGGAUCGGGACUAUUUCGACCAUUGCAAGUACCAACCAAUAAAUCGUCCUCCAUUUGUAGAGGACAAUAACUACUACAGGUUUAUGGAGGAGAGUAUCGCCUUUAACACGUCACAACUAAUGCGUUAUGACUUCGUAAGAGUGAAGUGUUAUAACAAAGCUGGUGGUUUGAUGUACACAAACUUCCAUCAGUUUGUACGGCGGAAACCAAAGCUGGACAGGAAGUGUAAGAAGGCGUUUUUGAAACACCGACAAGAAACGGGCGUCAAGGAGUUCCUUAACGUAGCCAUGAUAGGCGUAGACUCCGUUUCCAGAUUGAACUUCAUGCGUUACAUGCGGAGGACCAAGGACUACCUAGAGAACACUCUGGGGGCUAUAGAGAUGAAAGGCUACAACAAAGUGGCUGACAAUACGUUUGUCAACAUCGUUCCCAUGACUCUUGGGAAGUUCCUGGAGGAAGUUCCUUGGAACGAGACACUAAAUACCAUCCCGUUCGACAAAUAUGACUUUAUAUGGAAGCAGUUCUCGAACCGUGGAUUCCGUACUCUGUAUGCUGAGGAUCAACCGGCAAUCGCCAUCUUUGAUUAUCUUAAAGAAGGAUUUCACCAACAGCCUACAGAUUAUUUCAACCGCCAUUUUAGUCUCGCAAUGACGAAACAGAAACGGUUGUGGUACAACGAAGGCAAAUGUAUAGGGACAAAGCUGGAGACACAAAUCAUACUCGAUUAUUUAAAAGAUUUUAUGUUAAUGUAUAAAAUCCGUCCACAUUUCGCGUUUGCUUUCAUCACUGGCUUGACACAUAACGUAUUGGAACACUCCGCGGUAGCAGACAUUCCCUAUCUCACGUUACUCACAAAUUUACACGAGGCAGGAGCUCUCAACAAAACAGCUGUGAUAUUCUAUAGUGAUCAUGGAAUAAGGUUCGGAAAAAUCCGAGAAACGUAUGUCGGCAAACUGGAGGAAAGAUUGCCAUUUAUGUAUGUGAUACUACCUAAAUGGUUUUUAGACAAAUAUCCAAACAUAGCAAAAAAUCUGAAGACUAAUUCAAAUCGCCUAACGACACCUUUUGACAUUUACGAGACGCUACGUGAUGUGCUACAUUUCACAGGGGAGGCCAGACAGGUUCCCCAAGAUCAAAGAGGAGUUAGUCUCUUUGACGAGGUGCCUUUCUUACGCUCGUGCCAAACGGCGGGAAUUCUUCCCCAUUGGUGCACGUGCCCAAUUCAUCAAACACUGCCCACUUCUCUCUCCCAGGUACAGAACAUCGCCGUUAAUAUCGUUCAGUCUAUUAACAAACAACUGGACGGAUAUUCCGAUAUAUGUGCCUAUUUGAACCUUGACCUAGUGCUCAACGCCACUAAACUUAUUCCGUCCGACAAGGUGUUGCGUUUUGAGCAGAGUAAAAAUGACGUCAUAAAUCGUUACGUCAAAUACGGUGAACGCGCGAAAGCGUACGUGGAUUUCCAACUGACUGUACGUGCUCGUCCCGGGGGUGGAUUGUUUGAGGCUACUGUUCGGUACGACGAGAGGCGUGACGAGUACCAGAUGCUUAGUGACGUCAGCAGGAUUAACUUAUACGGGGACCAAUCGAAAUGUAUUGAAAAACACAAGUUAAAAAAGUAUUGUUAUUGUACAAAACCUUAAUAAAUUAUUGUUAACUAAUGAAGGUAGCUCA